GAAGAAGAAGUUUCGAGAGCUGGAGGGGCAAAAUGAGCGAACCACAAUUUGAGCUUUUACAUUUUAAUUAGUUGGACUUUAUGUUUUCCAGCUUCCUGUUGAACUCAACCAACAGAAAUAAAACUAUUCUUCUUUCCGCCGUGUUCCGUCGUCAGUGCGGAAACAGCGGCGAAGCCUGACUGCGCAUCAAACUGUUAGCACAACUUGUCUGCUAGCCGGCGAGCUAACCGACCUGUCAGCCGACCUGUGGCCGGAGAGGAGCCGCAGCAUGUCGGUGAACUUCGACGAGAGGAGCGGCGUCGUCCCCUGCAAGACCGACUGGGGCUCCUGGCACCAGACCAUGGAGGAGGUGUUCAUCGAGGUCCAUGUGCCGCAGGGGACCCGGGCCAAAGAGGUCCAGUGCCGCCUGGGGUCCAGAGACAUCGAGCUGCAAGUGAAAGGACAGGAAAUAUUCAAGGGAAAGUUGUUUGACAUAACCGUGUCUGAUGAGGCAACAUGGACACUCGAGGACAGGUGUCUCAUCCGCAUCAUUCUGAUGAAGACCAACAGAGAGGCGGGGAACUGCUGGUCCUCUCUGCUGGAGGGGGAGUACUGUGCUAACGCCUGGGUCCAGGACCAGAUGCAGAGGAAGCUCACACUGGAGAGGUUCCAGCGGGAGAAUCCUGGAUUCGACUUCAGCGGUGCAGAGAUCUCUGGGAAUUUUGCUGGCGGUGGUCCCGACUUUUCCAGUUUACAGAAGUGACCCUCACUAUGAUGUCAAAAACAUUUCACACUUAAUGGACACUACAGGACAUCUAUGACAGUGGAACCUUGGAUCCAUCAGAAUGUCUGCUACAUGAAGCCGGAAGUUUUGCUUUCAGAAAAACUUGAGCUAACAAGACAGAAUUGUUACAAAAAUAAGGUCUUCCUUAGUUUCUUCUGCCUCUUUCGCAACAAAGAACAGAUUUUAUUUGGCCAAAUUUGCCAAGUUGCAAGGUGUAUGGGGCAAAACAGCUGAUUGAAAUGUUUGAUCUGUUUGUAAAAAGCCUUUGAGAAUGAUAAACUUUCAAUGAAGAAACAAACAAGCAAUAGCUUUUCAAUAAAGUUUUAUUGAAAGGUACAAGCGCAUUGGUUAACUAGAUGCUGGAUUCAAUAAGCAAUUUUGAAUUUGAGAACACAUUUUUCUCACUAAAAGAAACUUACACUAAACAGGGAAACUUGCAAAGAAAAGUCAAUACGCAUUCCAAUCCACAUUUCCACUGCAACAACUAAUUUUUUUAGUGUUCUCUGUAUAAUUGACAAAUGAAAUCAUCAAUACACUUGUGUCUGUGUCCACAAAUUAAGAAUCGGUGAAAACAACUAAUCUGCAACCUCUGCUGACAUUACGGCUCAAAUAGUACUUUUAGCCGAUUGUGACAGUUUUGUCACUAGCCUCUAUUCACUG